UUUACUGGAGUCUGACACAAAAGAUGAUGCUUGAUACGGGUUUAUAUUUAACGAUAAGCUGUGUGCUUAUCUCGGCUCAGCGAAACAUGAAGCUAUCGAAGCCCACAAAUUCGGUGACCAUACGACAGAGUGGAGGAAGCUUUUGUGCCAAUCACUUGGCUGGUGACUUUGUGGAGCAUGCGGAGGACUGUCACAUGUUCUACCUGUGCGUGGAGAACGGAGAUGCAGUGCUGGCCUCCUGUCCCCCAACAAUGCUCUUCAACUCGGAAAGCCGACUUUGCGAUUCGGCGGGAAAUGUGAGGUGUAGAAAUGGCACGGAUAACAGCAUGGAAAAUACUCCUUCUGAAGGUGCGGAAGGUGACCUCAACAACAUGGUCACCGAUGCGGCCACCUAUUGUGCUACGUUGAUGGAACAGCAGUCGAGCGAUCGGAUCGUUUCUGUUGGAAGUUCCAGCAGUUGCAGCAAAUACUACAUUUGCUACUAUGGACAGGCGAUAUUGCAGGAGUGCAGCUCCCAAUUGCACUGGAAUGCAGUCACUGGCAAUUGCGAUCUUCCGGAACGGGCACAAUGCACUCUGGGCGCUCCGGAAGAUGUGCCCUCCACUGGGAACUCCAAUUUCCAGUCCGGUGGUUCCAUUUCAAGCGAUCUCAUCCACUGUCCGGCCUACGGACAACACUUGUAUCCGCACAUGCAGCGCUGCGAGUUCUUCAUCUAUUGCGUGAAGGGGCACGCCAGUCUGCAGCAAUGUCCCUUCUACUAUUUCUUCGACAUUGCCACCAAAAGUUGCCAAUGGUCGCGAACGGCUCUGUGUGUGCGAGAUUUGAACUUGGGAGCACUAAUAAAAUAGAAUAUAUAUACUUU